GGGACAAAAAUAAUAAUAAUAAAUAACAAAAAAAUAAAAAUAAAAAUCAUUAGAAAAAUUAAUUCGUAUAUCACACACGCUCUCUCCUCUCGUCGAAAUUUCUGUGUUAAAUCCAACCUCCGAUGAAUCUCUAGCUAGGGUUAGGGAUUUCGAAUCGAAAAUCUUCGAUCGACUGGAUCCGCUGCGAGCUGAUCGAGUUCUGGUCACCUUCGCUUCUGAGAUGACGAUGAGCCAUUGGUUCUGUUGUUUGCUGCUAGCGUUUGGAUUUCUCUUCGCAUCGACCGACGCCAGUGCUGGCGAUGCUGAUCCCCUUUACAGAAAUUGUGUCAAACAAUGUGAAGAGACUGGAGCUAUUGGAGACAUCUCCAUCCUGCAUUGCCAGUUCUCAGAUGAGAUUCUCAACAGUUCAUGGUACAUGCAAGAACCACUCUACCUGCAAUGGAUACAAUUAAACUGCAGGAGUGAUUGCCGUUAUCACUGUAUGAUGCAAAGAGAAAGUGAGAGGGGAAAACUAGGCCUGAGUCCUGUGAAGUAUCAUGGAAAAUGGCCAUUCAAACGUGUCCAUGUCUUUCAGGAGCCUGUCUCUGCUGCACUUUCUGCACUCAAUUUAAUCAUGCAUUUCACUGGCUGGCUGUCUUUCUUCCUAUUGGUAAAUUAUAAGUUGCCUCUUACGCCUCAAAGUAAGAAAACGUUCUAUGAAUAUACUGGAUUAUGGCAUAUCUAUGGGCUUUUAUCUAUGAAUGCAUGGUUUUGGAGUGCUAUAUUCCAUUCUCGAGAUUUUGAUUUGACAGAGAAGCUGGAUUAUUCAUCCGCUGUGGCUUUACUUGGAUUCUCCUUCAUUCUGGCUCUAUUGCGAACUUUUAAUGUGAAGGAUGAGGCCAUGAGAAUCAUGUUUGCGGCCCCCAUUUUAGCCUUUGUUACGACACACAUACUAUAUCUCAACUUCUAUGAACUUGACUAUGGAUGGAACAUGAAGGUUUGUGUUGCGAUGGCUGCUGGUCAGCUCCUUAUGUGGGCAGUUUGGGCUGCCAUGUCUCACCACCCUUCACGGUUUAAGCUUUGGACAGUUGUGAUCGGAGGGUCUCUGAGUAUGCUUCUAGAGAUUUACGAUUUUCCUCCCUACAAUGGGUAUGUUGAUGCCCACGCACUUUGGCAUGCUGCCACAAUUCCUCUCACAUAUCUCUGGUGGAGCUUCAUCAAGUCUGAUGCUGAAUACCGAACGUCAACUUUGGUUAAAAAGGUGAAAUGAGAGUAAUAGGGGCAGAUACAGGGAUAUCAUCAUCAUCAUCAUCAUCAUCAUCCACGAUACUAACAGAGAUUAGGUUACUGGUGCUACAUAUUUCGCGCAUGUUUGAGUGCCAAACUGCUUUGACUUUGGCCGCUCAUCUGGUUAUACCUUGAGAAGUUUGGUGUUUGCUCUUUUAUCAAGGCAACCGUUUAUCCAAGGGUAACUCUGUACAAUUGGUUGUUUUAAGCUGUUGAUAUUCUUGUUCAUUUCUCAGUGAAGGGCUUGUAAACAUGGUGACGUUAUUGUCUGGAUUGUAUAAAGUUAUUCAUGGAUAGCUAAGGAUUAUGUUUUCACACAAUCAUUCAUGCACUACAACAAACUUGCUCUGAAUAUUUAGCGACGGUAUUGAAGUUCUUGAUUCCUUUGUAA